ACAUCCAGGCUGAAAUCGAUGCCCACAAUGACAUCUACAAGAGUGUGGAUGGGAACAAGUCGAAGAUGGUCAAGGCUCUGGGCAGCUCGGAGGAAGCAGUGUUCCUCCAACACAGACUGGAUGACAUGAACCAACGCUGGAGCGACCUAAAGGCCAAAUCCGCCAACAUACGAGCCCAUCUUGAGGCGAGUGCUGAGCGCUGGUCUCGUCUGCUGGGCCUCCUGGAGGAGCUGUGGAGGUGGAUCUGCCUGAAGGACGAGGAGCUGGCCAAGCAGAUGCCCGUCGGAGGAGACGUACCCACCCUGCUGCAGCAGCAGAACCACUGCACGGUAGUACGGUCAGAGCUGAAGGAACGUGAGCAUUUGGUGAUCAGCACUUUGGAUCAAGCCCGGAUGUUUCUCGCUGACCAGCCCAUCGAGGGUCCCGGAGAGCCACGCAAAAACCCACAGCCAAAGACAGACCUCACCCCAGAGGAGAAGGCGCGAGGUUUGGCCCGGGCGAUCCGCAAGCAGACGGGCGAGGUGAUGGAGCGGUGGGAGCGUCUGAAGGGGCACAUGGGGGGCUGGCAGAGUCAGGUGGAGCGAGCCCUGGAGCGACUCCAGGAGCUGCAGAGCUCCAUGGACCAGCUGGACCUGAGGCUGACUCAGGCAGAGGAGGCCAAAGAGACCUGGCAGCCGGUGGGGGACCUGCUGAUCGACUCUCUGCAGGACCACAUCGACAAGACCAUGACCAUCAGAGAGGAGAUCGCACCGUUACGCCACGAUGUGAGAAUCGUCAAUGAUCUUUCUGCAGAGCUGACGCCUUUGGACAUCCAGCUCUCGUCGACCGCCUCCAGACAACUGGACCAGCUCAACAUGAGAUGGAAACUCCUACAGGUUGCGGUGGAGGACAGACUGAAGCUGCUUCAGGAAGCCCACCGGGACUUCGGCCCCUCCUCCCAACAUUUCCUCUCCACAUCUGUUCAGCUGCCCUGGCAACGUGCGGUUUCUCAGAAUAAGGUUCCAUAUUACAUCAAUCACCAGACACAGACCACCUGCUGGGAUCAUCCAAAGAUGACAGAGCUCUACCAGUCACUAGCGGACUUGAAUGGUGUGAGAUUCUCAGCAUACAGGACAGCCAUGAAGAUCCGCCGACUACAGAAAGCGCUGUGCUUUGACCUGUUGGACCUCAGCGUGGCCCAGAGCACCUUCGAGCAGCACAAGCUCACCAACAACAAUCAGCUGCUGUCCGUCCCUGAAGUCAUCAACUGCCUGACGUCCAUCUACGACGGGCUGGAGCAGGAGCACAAAGACCUGGUCAACGUGCCGCUCUGCGUGGACAUGUGUCUCAACUGGCUGCUCAAUGUUUACGACACUGGUCGCAGUGGGAAGAUCCGGGUCCUGUCGAUGAAGAUAGGUCUGCUGUCUCUCUCCAAGGGACACCUGGAGGAGAAAUACAAAUAUCUCUUCAGGCAGGUGGCGUCGGCAGGUGACACGUGUGACCAGAGGCAGCUCGGUCUGCUGCUACACGAAGCCAUCCAAGUCCCGAGGCAGCUGGGGGAGGUGGCCGCCUUCGGAGGCUCCAACAUUGAACCCAGUGUCCGCAGCUGCUUCCAGCACGUGACCAAUAAGGUGGAGCUGGAGCCCAGGCAGUUUGUUGAUUGGAUGCGUCUGGAGCCCCAGUCCAUGGUCUGGCUUCCUGUCCUGCACAGAGUGGCUGCUGCGGAGACGGCCAAGCAUCAGGCCAAGUGCAACAUCUGCAAGGAGUGUCCUAUUGUUGGCUUCAGGUAUCGCAGUCUGAAGCAUUUCAACUACGACGUGUGUCAGUGCUGCUUCUUUUCUGGGCGCACAGCCAAGGGCCACAAGCUCAACUACCCCAUGGUGGAGUACUGCACACCGACGACAUCGGGUGAGGACAUGCGAGAUUUCACCAAAGUGCUGAAGAACAAAUUCCGCUCGAAGAAGUACUUUGCCAAACAUCCACGGCUGGGUUACCUUCCAGUGCAGACAGUUCUAGAGGGCGACAACAUGGAAACGUAA